CCGCCGGGCGCGCGCGGGGGACUUUUUUGCGGGGCUUUUGGGCGCCUAUGAGAAGCGGCGGAGGCCUCGGGCGCCCCGGCUCGGCGGUCUCGCGAGCGGCGGCGGCAGCCAGGCGCGGGCCGGCACGAUGUCCCUAGUAGAUUUGGGGAAGAAGCUUUUAGAAGCAGCCCGAGCCGGACAAGAUGACGAAGUUCGGAUUUUGAUGGCAAAUGGGGCACCGUUUACCACAGACUGGUUGGGAACAUCUCCACUUCAUCUAGCGGCACAGUACGGGCACUACUCAACCACUGAAGUGUUACUUCGAGCUGGUGUAAGCCGGGAUGCCAGGACCAAAGUGGACAGAACUCCCUUGCAUAUGGCUGCCUCUGAAGGCCAUGCAAGCAUAGUAGAAGUUUUACUCAAGCAUGGUGCUGAUGUAAAUGCAAAGGACAUGCUCAAGAUGACGGCGCUUCAUUGGGCUACGGAACACAAUCAUCAAGAAGUAGUGGAACUCUUAAUAAAAUAUGGAGCGGAUGUCCACACGCAAAGCAAAUUUUGCAAAACGGCACUAGAUAUCUCGGUGGACAAUGGAUUUGAUGACCUGGCAGAAAUAUUACAGAUCGCAAUGCAGAGCCAAAUCAACACCAAUCCUGAAAGUCCCGACACUGUGACGAUACACGCAGCAACGCCGCAGUUCAUCAUUGGACCUGGCGGGGUGGUAAACCUAACAGGUCUGGUAUCUUCUGCCCAUACAUCACGUGCAACAGACGAUACAGGGAUGUCAGCUGUCCAGUUUGGCAAUUCCUCGACUUCCGUUCUGGCGACACUGGCUGCCCUCGCAGAAGCGUCAGCUCCGUUGUCCAACUCAUCAGAAACACCAGUUGUGGCUACGGAGGAAGUAGUGACUGCAGAAUCAGUGGAUGGUGCAAUUCAGCAGGUUGUCAGCUCUGGUGGUCAGCAGGUUAUUACCAUAGUAACGGACGGCAUUCAGCUUGGAAACCUCCAUUCCAUUCCGACCAGUGGAAUGGGUCAGCCUAUUAUUGUGACCAUGCCAGAUGGCCAGCAAGUACUUACAGUACCAGCAACGGACAUAGCUGAAGAAACGGUGAUCAGUGAAGAACCGCCACUCAAGAGGCAAUGCAUUGAGAUAGUUGAAAAUCGGGUGGAGUGUGCAGAAAUUGAAGAAAGAGAAAAUUUGCAGAAACAGCUGGAUGAGGCCAACCGGGAGGCGCAGAAGUACCGCCAGCAACUACUAAAGAAAGAGCAGGAGGCGGAGGCCUAUCGGCAGAAGCUGGAAGCAAUGACUCGCCUUCAGACUAACAAAGAAGCUGUUUGAAUGGCUUGAAGGGAGCAUUUUUCUAAAGCCGGUUCAGAAAACCCUCAGUACGAUCUGGACCUGUCUGCUGUAACAGGCACAGACCCAGGAAUUAUGCGCAAGAGAAGACGCUGGGGGGUCGAAACUGGACUUAAAAAGCCAUGGGCUCUGAUGAAUUUUUUUCUUGUAUCAUAAAAAAAAAACUUACUCAAAUUUAGACAUUUUGUGCAAAAAUAUUUAAAAAAAUACUGUAAAUAGUUGUUUUUUUUACAGUUCCAAAAUUAGUUGCUUAAUCUUUUUGAAGGGAUCCACAAAUACGCAAAGCCAAUGUUUUUGUGACUUUUUUGAUUUUAGUACAAAAUUGCUGAAAUGCAGAGCAGUUUUAAGGGUGAUGUUGAUUUAAACUGACAGGGUGAAAACGAAUUAUGCGACACAACCAAUCUGGAAAGCUAGCAGCUUAAGCCUGUAAAAAAAAGUGGAUUUUCUGAUGGGAAACUUUUGUACAGCUUCAAGUAGUGGCCCCAACCUCUGAAAACCAUGUUUCAUUUGUUAUGUGUGUGAGUGUGUGUGUUUUUU